AUGGAAAGCAAUAGUCAACCUAACUUUACGAUUAAUUCACAUAUUGAUAACGAUCCUAUCGCUCCAAGUGUCAAUGCUAUACAAAAUCAUAAUGAUAUUUUUUCUCACGUGACAUCUGAAGUUAUGAAUAGCGAAAAUAGUAUUAUGCAACCGAUGACUUUAAGUAAUGAUGAUCAAAUUUUUCAGGCGAUUCCUAGUUGUUCAACCAAUUAUAUUCAAGAGAGCUUUAAUAUG